AUGAAAUAAUAAUGGAAUGAUAUUAACGAAGAUGUUAACAUGAUAACCAUACUAAAAUCAAAAUUUAAACAGACCAGUCCUACUUAAAUCUGUAUCGACAUUUAAUACUAAUGAGAUUACUAGUCCUAUGAUCAUGAAGGAUUGUUGCUUAAAGACAACAUAGUAUACAGAGGAAUACUUCGUAAUUACACUUUUAUUUUAUAACGAAAAGAUAAAAGCGAAUUCAUACUAGACUUUAAUCAAUAUCCUAUUAGUAAUACUUAUUUUUAUAUUUUAGAAUUAUCCAUACUUACCAAUGAUGUUUUUUAAUUAUCGGUUUUUAGUUAUUAGUUUUAGUUCCAAUCUCUCACCAAUAGCAAAUAAUGGAUUCUCUCACUCAAUUACUAUAUUAAUACAUCCAAACCUUACUGUUUUCAAUCACCUUUACCUAAUUUCUUCCUUUAACAUAAAAUCCCUUUUGAUAUUUUUGAAAAGAGAGCAGAAUCCUUAGAUUUACUGCUUUUUAAAAAUAAAUCUAUAGCUUGCUAACUCUAAAGAUUGAUAACUAAUAGUGAAUAUGGUAAACAUAUAUAAAAUUAUUUAGAUCAUGUUGCUCUUCUUUUAAGAAAUAAUAAAAACGUUCUUCAUGUAUUUGAAGCAAAUAGUGACGAUGGCGUUUGUAUAUAUACUUGGGAUGCUCUGAUGUAGAGUAAUUUUUAAGAUUACGUAACACAAAUUAGUUUUAGAUAAUUAUACAUUAAAAGGGAUAUGACAUUGUUAUUAAAAUUAUAAGACUUCGUUUAUAAGAAUCAUGGAAAAAAAUAUUCAGUUAACAUAAUGAAGCUUUGUAAGAAAAGAUCAAUUACAGGAGUUGAGAAGGAAAACUAUUUCUGCUCAGAAUUAGUAGCUGCAUGUUAUAAACAUAUAGGAAUUAUGGAAAAUGAUAUAUCAUCGUGUUAAUUUUGGCCCAGUAUUUAAUAUAUUUAAUUAAUUUAGAGGAUUUUGCAGGUAAUAUGAAAUUAACUAAUGCUUAAUUAAGUCACGAGAUUAUUAUAUAUUAAUGAUUUUC